AUGGCGGACGCCCGGGAGCUGUUCUCGGCGACCCUGGACUACGAGCGCCUGGGCGACCACGUCGAAGAGGUCUGCUUCAAGGCGCCGGUGUGCAUCACGCACGUGCGCGUGGGCAACGCGCGCAUUGGGGGCCCCGGCCAGGCGCUGCUGCGGAUGUAUGCCCGCGAUCUGAACGGUCUGUCGGGAUCGAGGUUCGUGGCGCUGUGCGGCGGGACGGUCACGUGUCCUGAGGACGGCGUCGUGACGAUCGAGACAGAGGCCAUCACGACAGACCACGUGGCGUUGCGUGGGCGGUACGAAUCGCUCCAGCUUGCCUUCUUGGGGCGCUGUCACCGCCAGGUCAAGGAAGAGAUUUCAGGCAACGCUGGCAUGAAGGCACUUCCCAUGUCAACGCUCCCCUUCCCCUCAGAACAGUCCGCUUCGCACCCCAGGCCCACCACAGACUGGGCCGGACUGGCACUGCCACACUUGGAGCAGUUCUCAGACAGCGUCGCAAACUCCAUCAACAUACUUGAUCGCUUCAGGGGAACCGCGUUGCAGCACAAAGGACCUCCUGAGGAGAGCACACUACCGGAGGACGUCGUGAGGGCGAUGUUUUCAUCAGCAGACAUUCUGUGUGGCUUGCUUGGGCUGGGUCCAGUUGUGAGGACCUCAAGAUUGCAGGAUGAGCCCAGUGCAGGAGACUGUGCAGUGAGCAACACAACUCUGGACACUGGCAGUGACCUGGCUUCAAGGGCCGCAGACUUGGCUGUGCUGUGGUGUGAGAUAUUGGCUCGCAACGAUGACUUUCCACCCAGGAGCCAGCCCAACAGGGGAAUGGUUGGGCUUGCUCUGGCAGUUGUAGUUUGCUCCUGCCGCCCUGCAGCUGUGCGCUUUGUUGCAAAGCAGGGCAUUGACAUACUCACAGAUGUCUUCCGUACCCGCCGGUGCCCAGCGCUCAUCACUCGCUACGUCGUCUGCGCCUGUGAGCUGUUGACCCUCACUUGCCCAGCGCUCGCAUGCGACACGAUGCUUGGCUGGUGGCAGCCGUCUCAGAGGCGCAGGAGACCACCGAGUCCUCCAGCCCUCCCACCAAAUGUGAUCCAUGUCCCUGGCAUAGUGGAGCCUAAUGUGAACUUCCGUAAGCGCGAUCCACCGGAGGAGGUGACAGGCAGUGUCUGCAUGACAGCCGUUUCUGCAAAAGAGAGCGACGUGACCGCAGAGGCUGAAGACCGUACCAAUGCUGCAGCGGAUGAAGCUGUGCCCACUCCCAGGAACAUGGACAGCACUCAGGAAGUGACUGUGAACAGCGGCACCCGCUCACAUGAUUCCCAAUCUUCCCUGAAGCAGAUUAGGGACGAGGGGCCACACAGCCGAAAACGCAUGCACAGCGAAAGCAGAGCUGGAGAUGCCAAGAAGAGCAAAGCUGUGGGUGACGAGAAGCGGAAGCAUAGGAGGAGUGCCGGUGAUCAGGCUGGGGAGGGCGCCACCCACCACAACUGGGACGAAGAGCAACGUGCCGAACAGAGAGACAGGCAUGGUAGGGAGAAGAAGAGGAGCCGGCGGGACGGCCCAGUGAGCGAAGCAGAAGCCAGCUGUCCCCGGAGCAGGGAUACUUGGGGUGAGGGCACAGACUUCGAUGCUGGAGAGAAAUGGGACAACGUGCCAGUGCAGCGCAGAUCAGAGAGGGAAGAUAGCUGCAGGCGACGAGGACGGGGCAAUUCUCAUGAGAGGGUGAGAAGCAGGGACCCUGAGGGGGAUGACGUGCAAGAGUGGGGGCAGGAAGCAGAUGAUCGGUAUGUGCUGGAGAAGGAGUCGAAAUCCAGCCGCGGUAGGGAAGAUAGGAGUGGUGAGAGGGAAGCGGGCUGGCGCCGAAGCCGGUGGCAAGUCGAUGAGCGGAAUGGCUACCAGGCCGACAGGCAUUGCGAUGACUAUGACUGGGAAAACGAGAACCCUGGGGAAGGGGAGACAGAUAGGGACAAAGACAGGGAUGUGGAGAGGGGCCGGGGCCCGGAGCACAGAGGUGACGAGGGCAGACAGACGACAGGUGGAAAGGGCGGGAUUGAGAAGCACCGCGAGAAGUCAAAGAAGCGCAAGGAUAAGGAUCGGUCCUCAGGGAAGGAACGGAAGGAGAAAAAGGAGCGCUCGCGCAAGAGUCGUGACCAUGGCACAGGCAAGGAAAGGGAGCACAAGAAAAGCAGGCACAGAGACAAGGACCGGAAUAAAGACAAGGGUGAGAAAGAGAGGGCGAAAGGCACGGAGAAGGGUGGGGAGCCGAUGGAUGCUGAGGCCAAGGCUGAAGCCAAGGAUGAAUUGGCUGCAGGUGAUGGGGUGGACGAGGGCCCAAAGAGUGUGAAUGCAUCUCAGGUGGAAAACCCGCCUGAGAAGAGGCAGGUGGAUGAGGACAUGGGCGAGGCCCUGUUGGAUCCAGAGCAUCACCCAGCCAGUGCUGACAAGAAGGAGAACCUGCAGCCAGAUGAGGCUGGCAAUGGAGGGUUGGCACAGUGGUCACAGCCGGCAAAGCACACCGACAAUGCUGUGGCCGCUGGCGGGGUCAACAAGCCCACUCUACCUGAGCUUGUGGAGGAAACUCAGGAAGUAGGGCAUCAGGUUGAGUGCGAAAGGCCUGUCACAAAACGAAGGAAGCUGGAGUCAGGGGUAUCAGAGGUGAAGGACCCUGAGGGUGCCACCAACAUCGAAGCAAAAGCAGUCAUGGACGUGGAAGUGGGAAGGGAAACCGUGCAGGAAGGGAAGGAUGUGUUUGACUGCAUGGCGCGUGGCUCUGUCAUUUAUUCCAUGCUUGUGGAUGCCAUGACAGAGCCCAGGGCUGAAGGUGUUGCGGCGUCCAGUCGUAGGAUUGUGCAGCGACUCAAUGCAUAUCAGUCCAUGCAGCGCAUACACACCACUGUGGAGCGUGCCUGCAGGCAUGGCAGUUGGGCCCAGGGGGCUUUUGGUGAGGAGUCAUGGGUUCAAGAGGUGGCCUCUGCCCUGCUGGAAUUGUCAUCGGAUCUGGAAGACAUGCACCUGCGAGAGAAGCAGGAAUGGAGAUCCUAUAGGAUGAUGCCACAGGACGAAGGCAAGCAACUGGGGCCAGUCUUUGAGAUCGAUACAUGUGUGCUGGAGUGCUUUGUAAGCAGACGCCUGCUUCAGGCACUUGCCAUGAUAAUUCAUGCUGUGCGCAGUCAGAAGCUGCAGAACCAUGAGACAUCUGGGACAGGGAAUGUGCUGACUGGUCAACUUGCGACCGAGCGGCUGCAGGCUGUCUUGUGUGGUGUGCGAUCCGUCCUUGGCAGGUUGCUGCUCUCCACCAGGGGCUUGGGGAUGUUGAGGCAUCAACAGAAGCAUGUCCUGCAGUUGUUGAGUGCCCUGGAGUCUGGCACGGGGCGCGAUGGCACUGUGGACGGAGGUCAGGGCCAGUUAAGUGGUGUGCAGGGUGCAGAUCUAGAGCUGGCCGAAAGCUUGAGGGGUGCGAUGCUGUGUGGCGAAGCAGUUGACGUGGUGUUGCGAGAACCGAUGCACUCACAGAAGCUGCCCCAGGCAGUCCAAGCGCUGAUUGAGGGCGCACCAGCCGGCACAGCCACACGAGCAUGUGCCCUACGGGCCCGCACAGAGAGCCUGGAGCACUGCCUGAAGAUGCUGCAGUCGUUUCGACAGCUGCUGCAGUGCACAGGCCUGCCAGAUGACUCAGUCACUGGAGCGCCAACUGGUCCAACCACCAAUUCAGCCGCUGACCCAGUCGUCACGUACCCCGCAGCCCACAGUGUGCUGUUGCCAGGAUGUUUGGCUGUCCCAGAUCUCCUGUUGGCGGUGGUGCGGGACGGGCAUGCAACCAGCAUCGCCUGGCUGCUGCCAAAAGCCAAGGACCUUGCUGAGGAGGUGGAAGUUGGGCUGAAACUUCUUGAGAAGGCUGACUGGGAACACAGGGCCAGCAAGGUGGCCAUCCUUGGCGAGCUUUUGGGCAGGCUGCAGGCAUGCUCUGUGCUUGCUGAGAAAGGUUCUCUUCUGGUCCUUGAGCAGCUUGAUGAUCUGCUGCCCAAACUUGCGGCCAGCGCCAAAGGCAAGGAGGACAAGGAUGGAAAGAGGAAGAGAAAUGGAGAUGUUGAAGCACCCCUAUGUGCAGCCCUGCUGCGAGACCCUCAGGCGCUUGGCUCUGUUCUCACUGGGCUAGACAUCCUUGCUGUCCAGCUUGCCUCUCUUGAUUCAGGCCAGUUUGUGACCAGCAUGUAUGGCGCAGAUGCCCUCCAGGUGAUGGAGCGGGCUGUGCGGAGCGCCACUGCGGGGCUUCUGGCCACAGCGGGAGACACCCAGUGGACGAUGAUGGGAGGGGACACGAUGGACGACCUGGAGCGGAUCAGGCAUGGGGCUGGGGCAAUGGACCUGGCUCUCAGCGCUGCCCGCUCCUUGCUGUCACUGUGCAAGGCGCUGAGGGACAGAUUUGCUGAAGUCUGCAGCACUGGGGUGCUUGAGGCCCUGGUGGAGCUGCAUGCAGUUCUGUGCCUGUCCUCGGAGUCGCUGGCUGCGAUGCUCGGGAAGGGCCGAGCCUGCUGCAGCGUGUUGCAGGCACGGCAGUUGGUGGUGUGCAUAAUGAGCUGCUGGAUCGAGAUGGAGUGGGUCCCCGACCUCAUUCCCACCUUAUUUGGCAUGAACUCCUUCUCCACUGAGGCACUGCCCACGGCCCUCCUCGACCCCAGUCGUGUCUUCUGCUGCACAUGCCUCCUUGGGGACAUAUUUCCAAAAGAGUGGCCCCCUGCGAUGGCUGGGCAGGGUUCCACAGGCCGCAUGCCCCCACCAUCAAACAUGAAGAUGCGCCCUGUGGUGGCCAGGAUGUUGGAACCUUUUGCCAAGCACUUUCGACACGUCAUCGCAUUUGGAGCGGCUUCGGAGAGUCAGCUGGUGCGUGGCUCAGUAGUGCGCCUCUGCUCCCGAGCUUCAGGCCUUGGGGGAGGCAUGGGUCGCUUUCUGGCGGAGCCACUCGUGUCUGAGGUGGCAGAGCUUGCCAAGAGCACAGCGCCAGCAGGCGAUGGGCGGCGUGUGGUGGAGAUGCUGGCAGCGCUUGCAGGCUGGCCAGCAAUGAAGGCUGCUCUGCUGGACCUGGGAGCUGUGUCCGCACUGUCCCAACUGCUGCACCGGGCGGCCAGCCGUCUGGAAGAGCACCCAGACUCCCAGACAACCUGUAGCCUGGUGCUGGAUGUGCUGUCCUCUUUGACAGACCCUGACAUCUGCCUAAACCCCCUGGCAACAAGGGUGGAGCGGCUAAAAAAUGACUGUCCCCCCACGACUGAGGCGGCUGUGAUGGUGACGGCCCUGCUGUCCAGCAUCCAAUAUCUUGGAGACGAUGCUGCCAUCGCCGCAUCCCUGAUAAAACAGAUGAGCUUCGAGGCAGCAGGAAGGGCUGCGAUCCAGAGUGGCAUUGGCCAGUGGCAUGCCUCCCACAGGGCAGCCACGAGUGCAACAAGCCCAUCGGGUGACAGGCAGCAGGCUGCGAUGCGAUGGGCCAAAGCGCAGCUCUGGGAGGCGGGUGGCCAUAUGCUGGGCAAAGACAACACAUCCGUUGCUGGCAAGGCAUGCAGGGAGCUGCUGGAGAUGCUGUCCUUCACAGAGGCUGGGGAGCAGGAGGACCAGAAGAAGCAGGGGGAGCAGGAGGAUGCUGGGGAGGACGGGACGGCACCCAGCCGCUUCAAGGCGGCUGUGCAGACUGCCGUGCGGAUGGCAUCCAGCACAGGGGACUUCAGUGACCUCAUCUCCAAGUCCACCAUCAGCGAGAUACUGGAGGUGCGCCCGCUGGCCUUUGUGUAUGACACCGCCAUGCAGCUCUACUGGCAGCGCUGCUCCCUGCAGAAGUCCAGGACCAGCCCAGCCAAGAAACUAGGCAGGUACGACCCCCAGUCCCCCGGCGCAGUUCCUGCUGCCAAGAUGUUCAGCCCGGGCCUGGCCACAAGGAAGAGGCCCCGCGAGGUGCACAAGGGGGUCUACAGUUCGUCCACCAAGCAGGAGGCCCCGCGGAUCGUGCACAGCCUGCAGGUGGAGGAAGACGCCCGGCGACCCAGGAAGGGGAUUGAGGGGGGCAAGGACGUCGGCCCGGACGUGCCCCCUGUGCUGGCGCCUCCCAGGCGGGGGCAGGAGGCCAGACGGGUGCGCACUGGGGCAGGCAGCAGCCGCCCGCCGUCCAUGCAUGUGGACGACUUUGAGAAGCGCAACGUGGACAGGCCAGUGCCUCCGCCUGUGGCCCCAGCAGUGGCGACACAGCCUGCUGCGGCGUCUGUGGUGGAAGCCGCCCCUGCCAGUGGGCAGAAGCCAUUGGAAGGGAGGAGGAGCAUUCCGCCGGCGCCUCCGAGGCCACCGUUGGGCCCGCCUCCACCCGGCACCCCAGCGGCCGCAAUUGAACAGGCCAAAGCUCCAUCAGGCACUCCCAAGGCACCUUCAUCCAAGCCAGACGAAAAGCCUGACGGCGGCAGCGUUCUGGAUGGGCAGCAAGGUGCAGAUACCGAUGGGCAGGGUGCGCAAUCGGAAAUGGCUGCAUCGACAGCUACCCCGGCCAGUGCUGCGGCAGACGUCAAGGACCAAGCAGGACCCGACUCCCCAGAUGACCUGUCCAUGGCCGAUUUCAAGAGCACUUCAGAAACUACAGUCACGGUUCCCAGGCCUCAAGGACCCAGCAUGCUGGGCUCAGACGAUGGCAAGCAUCCUCCUCAAGGGCCAUCUGACAGGACCCAGUCUGUCCAGGGAAGCAAGCCAGCAACGGAGCUGGGCGCUGUUCCAGGUUCCGGCUUGGCCCCCAGCCAGCCGCCCCCGCCGCCCGCUGUAGCUCCCCUGUCCAUCUCCAUCCCGGCCAGCAACUCCGCCUGGCGGGGUUCUGCCGGCAGCCACCCAGGCUCAAAGCCCCAGGGUCGGCCCCGCUCCCCAUGGCGCCGCGAUCCUCAGGGCAUCGAGCAUGACAGGUGGCCAGCACGGCCCAUGCGGCGAUCAAGGUUUGGUGCCCCCCAGGCACCUCAGCGGCCAGAACCCAUGCAGCCUCAGCCCAUGCAGCCCCGACCACCACCCGUGCCGAUGACGAACUCGCGGGCAUACCUGCCUCGCAUGCCAAUGCCUCCCCUACCGUCCUCAGGAGGGAGGGGCCGGGGGCCGAUGGGCCAGGGGGCCCACCCUCCACAGGGCGGGCUUGGGCGUGGCAGGGGCAGGGCGCCUGGGUUGGACAGUUUUGGAAGGCCUGGAAGGCAUGACUGGGACAGACAAAUGGCCACCGGCCCCCCGUUGGGACUGCCGCCAGAUGACAUCGUUGCUCCUGGACUCGGCCUGAAUUCUGACAUGCAGCCCAUGGGACCAAGGCCGCAGAUGUUCACCCAGCAGAUGCAGGAGUCACCACGAUCUGGGACACCAUCCACUGAGGUGGCACAGGUCGCUGUGGGCACCUGUGGAACCUCUGGCUUGAUUGCUCCGGCUCCUCUGCCUGUGCAGUCAGGGGAGGCUGGUUCAGCGGGUUUUGCACCAAACCCGGUCGUGGGGACGGGGUGCAGCCAGCAGGAGGGGCCGCCUGUCCCUGCUAGUGCACCUGCAGGUGACAGUGCGGCUGCGCAAGGCAGUGGCAGCAUGGCUCCCAGUGCGGCGUCCAUUGCGAAUCUGCUCCGCGAUCCAGAUCGUCUGAAGCGCUUGCUCAAGCACCAUCCCCAGCUGACGGCAGUGCUUCAAGGCCACCUGGGGGGCCCGCGGCCAGGCCAGCCCCCUGAACCCAGCGGCGCAGGCUUGUGA